UCGAUGUCAAAUAAACCAAACUUGUGCCGCAAACUUUCGUAAACUAAUGACUUCCAUAUGCUUUAGAGUAUUUACUGAAGACAUGUUGGUGAAAUAAGGUUGUUACUUUCACAAGAUAUAAGAUUAUUUUGGCGUUAGAAAUCGCCAUAAGCAAGGAUGUCGAAGACGAAGACGAAGACUGCGCACUUUACACAAGGGAGUUGGUUCCCUUCAGGCUAUUACGGUCAUUUCCGGAGUAAAUCUAGGAAUGAUUUCGUGAAUGAGUAUCGACAGCAAGCGAAACCCUCGCCUCCAGAAAAAUUCACCAGGAAACUAACGGCGCGUCCAACUUUACACCACUUUUCUCACCAUGACAACCGGUUUUCAUUCCUGAACACUGUAACAUCCUUCCAAGAUGGUCUUGGCAAGAAAAAGGUUCAACAUCAGAGGACGGGCAAGUUUACACCAGACUUCAUUUCAUGGGUUCCUCACAAAAGAGAAAUAAGAGAAGCCGGUCCAGUUUCAUCAGUAUACAGAGAAACGUACAGAAACUCAGACAAGAGCAGAGUUCCUCAAGUCCUGGUUCCAACAGUCAGCAAACCCCCGAAGCAGCUCUCCGCUUCAGCACCUGCAUUUCUCCCAACGCCGUAUUCAGAUCCAGCCGACAUGGUUCAAGAGAAUCCGGUUACAUCCUACCAGAUUUCUCACAGGCAUUUGCAGCCGAAUCCAACUGUACACACGAACAUGAAUACAGGCAGAGUGGAAGAGGAUCCGGUCCCCCUCCAGAAAACUCACGUUUACAUCAACCCUAAGAUAGAUUCGAUUUAUGACCGACCCAAACAGCGUGGAUCGUUAACCUCGCUGAGGAGAGCUAGAACUGGUUCAGCUCCGUUAUUCCGAUCGAGCGUGGCAGAUUGUAUGAGGUGGCAUGUGCCACAUGAACCCACCCCUCCACGACCUAAAACUGUUACAGGGACCUUUCCAGAGGUCAGGGGUGCUGAGACAGGUUCGCUGGAGGAGAUCCGACAACCCAUGCCACCACAGACAUUAGGUAAAGGUACCGUUUGUCCAACCACUGCAUGGACCACACCAAGCCAAUCUAAGCCAGAACAGUCCAGAAUGGAUGCAAGUGUUGACACCAGACCAAUGGGUCAAACCCAUAAUGGUCAAAUGUCAGGAAUGGACACAAGUUAUUCUAGUUCACCGUCAGCUUCAGCAGAUGUUCCAAUGGCGGAAUGAGAGGACUUAGAAAAAUCAGUCUGGAAUCUUCCUAAAUGUGAUAGAGCGGUGCUUGCUGAAUUAAAAUGUCUCUAAACCGUCAGAAGAAACAAUGGUUUUCAGCAGAGAUAAAUCUAUGUUUAGUUUGGAGAAAGAACACUCUUUGAUUUUGAAGUAAACAAAGAAGAAUUGACUAAAGCGGGAUUGGUACCUGUGACCUCCACACUAAGGUGCCAGCACUCUCAGGUGGAAAGCUAUCUAGCCCUGAUGUUGGCGGUCCCCCCUAUUUUGUCAAUAUCUUUGUUCAUGGGUGCCAUUCGAGCCAAUCCGACUAGCACCCCUGAACAAAGAUUAAUUAUUAUUGUUUACUGUUGGGGUGUAGCUUUUAACUUCAACCCUUUUGGUAUAAAAACUUGUAUAAGAUGUCAUAGCUUCUAUGAACUGGCAUUUUUUUUCCGCAGGGAAAAAUAAUACCCUGGGUAUUGAUACAAACAUAACUUUUUGCGAAAGUUUGUCACAUUCCGGUUUUCUUGUAAGAGUCAACGCCAUUUCAAAUUUUGUCAAAGUUGGUACUUUUGAUACUGCAGGAUCCCUUUUGUUUAAAGUCACCUGGAAAUAGAAUUUUUAUUUUUUCAAACA